AUGUCGGGUGCGGUGGAAAAGGCGUUAACCGCUUUGAAAGGAAACAACCUUGACAAGAAAGUUGAAGCUAUAGCAAUAUUAGAAGACGAGCUUUUAGACGGCACUUAUAUUGAGCCGCAAGAUCUCAUUCACCUAAUAACAGCUCUUCGAGAAGCACUAAAAGCUUCACAACAAGCACUUUCAUACAGAGCGUUAACAUGCUUAGGUCCACUAACAAUCAACGUAGCUGAAACAAAUCAAACCUAUCUCAAUAAAAUCACAAGUCAACUAACACCAAUCGUGAUAGAUAAGCUCGGCGACAACAAAGAUAAAACGCGUGAAGUAGCGCUAAAAGUUUUAAUUGAUAUGUGGAGCUCGGGCAAUAAUCUGACAACUUUGACAAAGAUGAUUAGAGAGUCGGCAUUUGGUCAUAAGUCGUGGCGAGUGAGGGAGCAGAUCUUACAAUGGAUUGUUGCAUGUACAAAAAUGAUGCCAGAUUUUUCGUUACGUGUAUGGUUACAAUCUAUUAUCAAACUAUUGGAAGAUUCCAAUGAACAAGUAAGAGAAGCUAGUAAGGAAACGAUAGUGUCACUUUUCAGUUCUGCCCCACAACAAGCCAAAUCUGAGUUAAGACGAGAAUUGAGAAAUAAAUCGAUUCGCGCCGCAACAGUCGACUUUAUACUUUCCAAGAUUGAUAAUGCAAGAGAGCUGGAAAGAGAAUUUCAAAUUAUGACUAAUCCUUUUCAAGGAAAAGAGACUGAACAAAACUGGGGGGAGCGUGAAAAACAUAUCAAUAGAUUACGAUCUCUGCUUCGUGGUGGUGCGUAUUCUAAAUUCCCUGAUCAAUUCAUGGUCGGUGUAAGAGUGAUAAUGGACGGUAUAAUUAGUUCACUGUGUAGUCUACGCACAACAUUGACAUUAGCUACUGCUGUCCUGGUAAAAGAUCUCGCCGCAUACCUUGGCCCAGCGAUAGACCCAUUCGCUGACAACCUACUAGCCACUCUAAUAAAACAAGCAGGUGUCGUGAAAAAACUAGUCGCACAAGCGAGCGUGAAUGCUGCUGAGUCACUAUUAGCAAAUGCAUCAUAUCACAUGCGACUUGUGAAUCAGCUGUGGGGUGCCAUGCAGGACAAAAGCGUACAAUUGCGAGCGUAUAUAAUUGGGUUUAUAAAGAUCGUUGUGAAUUCGCAUGCUGCGCGAAGAGAUGCCAUUCAAAGAAAUGGUGGCGCGCAGUUGCUACAGAACUGUUUAAAGAAGGGGUUGACCGAUGCGAAUCCUAAAGUGCGAGAAGGAAGUCGUGCUGUGUUUUGGGAGUUUUAUGAGGUUUGGCCAGAAUUAGGUGAAGCAUUACUGAAUUCCGUUGAGCCAGCUGUAAAAAAACAAAUGGAACGAGAUAAACCAAAAAAUAUAACUGAAAAUCGAAGAUCUCAUACACCUUCAACUUCACGAAGCAGAAGCAGAGGUCCACCAUCUCUUCGAAACAAAAAAUCAGGAUAUUUGCUUGGUGGUUCCUCCGAUUCUCGAUCCAUUGAUCCUCCUGAAACAGAAAAAUAUAUAACGCGGCAACCAAGUACCACAUAUCUUAGAGCAAAAUCACCAGCACCAAGUAUAGCAAGAGCUUCGGCAAGUUCAAGUUCUACUUAUUCUCAGCCGCGGAUGCCUUCUGCUCCCUCUAAAUCUAAUAAUAUCUCUACGGGUAAAUCUCGUACACCUGUAAAAGUUCCCCAGGCAAAGUAUUCACUAUUACAACAAUUAAAACAUGAAGAUAGUGCAAUGCGGAUUGAUGGUAUCAUUAAUUUGGCACAAUCGAUAGCACGGAAAAAAGCACAGAGUACUCCUGAAAAACCAGGACUCCAGGAUUUGAAAAAAUCACCGAUACCGCCUGAUGAAGAAUUAAUACCAAUUUUAUUAAAUUUACUAAAUGAUAACACACCAGAU